UUCGGAGACGCUUGAUCAAACGGACGUGUUCGGAUUGAAAAGGCGGGUUUUGAGACGUGGCUCCGUCUGUGUGUGCGUCGUAAAUGCGUACGGCGGGGGUGCUUUCCGCUUCUUGUUAUGAUUGAUAAACAUUAGGAGUAGUAUCGUGCGUCUUUGCAAUACGAUGUCGUUUAUUUUCCCUGUUUUGACUGGGGGGUGCAUGGGGGAGCUUUCUUCACUGCUGUAAUCAACACGCCAAUCAAUAUGACACCGCUAUUACGAGUCAUUAGCACGUGCAUGCGUCGUCGCGCCACCUGCUCUUGCCGUGAUAGGAUGGAGGCUGUGGUGAAUGAGUGGCUGUGGCAGGACAGGUACUGGCUACCACCUGGCAUGCAUUGGGAAGACAUGGAAGUGAUGGAGGGCCAGGGCAAGGGCCCCUAUCCUCUACCCAGAGAUCUCAUCUACACCUUGCCGGUGGCCUUUGCUUUCAUCGCCUUCAGAUACGUUUUUGAGAGGGUCAUCGCUGUCCCGUUAAGCAAACGUUUGGGCGUGAAGGAUCGGAUUCGGAUUCAAGCUGCGCCUCUUCCGAAGUUGGAGACCUUCUACAAACAGAAGUCGCGGCAGCCGACGCAAAGUGAAGUGGCCAGCUUGGGGAAGCAGUGUGGACUCUCCCAGGCAAAGAUUCAAACCUGGUUCAGGCACAGACGAAACCAGGACCGACCCAGCAACACCAAAAAGUUCUGCGAGGCCUCCUGGCGUUUUGUCUUCUACCUUGCAGCUUUCACAGCAGGGCUCGCGUCUUUGCUUGAUUCUCCGUGGUUCUGGGACUACAGAGAGUGUUGGCAGGGUUUUCCCAAACAGCCGGUCACCGAUGCCCAUUACUGGUAUUACAUCUUGGAACUGGGCUUCUAUCUGUCCCUGCUUCUCUGUGUCUCUGUGGACGUGAAGAGAAAAGAUUUCAAGGAGCAGGUCGUUCAUCACAUUGCCACCAUAUUUCUCAUCGGGUUCUCCUACUGCAGCAACUACGUGAGAGUUGGCACGCUUGUGAUGCUGGUGCACGACUCGUCUGACUUCCUGCUCGAGUCGGCCAAGAUGUUUCACUACGCUGGCUGGACGCGGACGUGUGACUCGCUGUUUGUGGUCUUUGCUCUGGUCUUCCUCGUCACGCGGCUGGUGGUGUUUCCUUGCAGAGUCAUCCACACAACAUUGGUAGUAUCUCUGGAGUUCUUCCAGCCCUUCUUUGGUUAUUUCUUCUUCAAUAGCCUGCUGUUAGUACUGCAAGCGCUGCAUAUCUUCUGGGCCUACCUCAUCCUGCGCAUGGUCUACAAGUUUGCCUUCAUGGGAAAGGUGGAGCGUGACGAGCGCAGCGACGAGGAAAGCGAGGCGGACGAGGACGAGCAGCCUGAGGAAGAAUGCGACGAGAGCAGCUGGGAGCAGCGGAAAGGCAGCAUUAACUCCAAGCUGGCGUCGCUGGCCAACAACUGUGUGCUCAACAACUUGACUAACCAGAGGAAUCUCAACAGCAGACUGCCCAAAGCCAGAUAGAGCAAUGUGGAUUCAUUUCUGACACAUGUACCUUCACAUAUGACUUGCUGUACAUCAACACGGUCCAUUGAUGAUUUCAGACCAUCGUCGGCCUGCAUCCUGCUCUUCUUUGUUAGACAAGCACAAAUGAUUGUACAUCUAUGCGUGCAGUGUCACAUUGGAAGGAAAGCCUGUCCCUCUUUCUUUGAGUUUGGAGACUAGGAAAAAUGUGUUUUGGUUUUAUAUUUAUGUUGUUUCUUGUCAGUGUUUUUAUAAUUUUUUUUUAGAUUGGGGUAAUAAGGAUUAAUCCUGUCACUGAUAGUGUAGAAAACAAAGCUUUUUGGUUCACUGAACAAAAUGAAAACUGUCAAUAAAUAACAAAAUAAACAAAUUCAAAAUGACAAAUUUAGCUAAUUAAAUUAGUACCGAGUUAAAUCGCCCCGUCCGUGCAUAAGUGAUUUUUUUUUAAAAAGAGAGGGAGAAAAAUGUGUUGUUAAACUACUUCAGAUUAUUUGUUUAUAUAUAUUUAUGUUAGUUUAUUUGUUAGUUAAAUACCACUCCCAAAAAAAUUACAGAAUAAUGUAAUUACAGGAAUUAACUUCAUAUAUACAUAUAUGAAUACAUUAUAUAUAUAUACAUAAUAUAUAUAAAACAAUGAAUACAUGUAUUCAUUUUUUAAAUUAUUAUUAUUAAUAAAACUGUAAUUGGGUUGUUUUGUUACAAGUAAAAAUGUAUAUGUAAAUCAAAGUAACUGUUGAGGAUUGCAACUUUAUUUUUGGAAUUGUAUUUUUUUUUCAGUGCUGGCAAGUCUGGUAGAGAGUAUCAAUUUUAGCUCAUUUCUGUGUCAUAUCACAACGGAGAUAUGGCGCCCCCUGCUGCACAAUGAAGAACAUCCUUAUAUACUGUGUGUAUGUAUACAAUUCCUUCCCCCUUCUAAUAUAUAUGAUCUUUGAUGGGGUUUUUCUACUUGGAAUAUAAUUUUUGUUGUUGUUUAGUUUGCUCUACCUGAGCCACUUUAGCUUUGUGCCUUGGCUGCUGUUUUUACACGACCAUGUUGGAUUAGCUUUACUUGGCAAACUGUGACUGUUGGCAAAUGUUUCCCAUAAACAUUUGGUGGCUGCAGCCCUGGAGUCUUAUAAAGUAAGUGUGAGCACACAGAUGGGCAUUGGUGACACAUAGACUGAUACUUGACUAAACGGUCAAGAAAAUCUAGGAUCUGCCACUUAAAGAGCUCUUACUUGAUUUAAAAAGAUAUAUAAUGUAUGUAUUUAGCCCACAUUGUGAAACAAGUGUGGAUUUCAUACUGAACAAAGAUCCACUCGCUGUAAGGACCAGUGUGCUAUAAGAAAGCGUGAAGAACUAAAAGGGCUGAACCACCAACCCUACAUGUUUAUAUCCAUCUUUUUCCAUGUUUCUUUUUCAUUAAAAGUGGAUAGAAUCCUCCCUGCAGAGGUUGUCAGUCAUCUUUCUACACCAAUAACAAACGCAUGCGGUUGAGGCUGAUUCAGGCUAACUUCAUAUGUUGAGGACUCAAAAACAAUGACUGUACAUUAAAAUGGUGGGACAAAGUAUAAUGAUCUGUUAUGGUUCAGUAGCUAAGGGCUAUAGUCCAAUUCUAUCCCUCACCACAAAUUGUCAAAUGACUGUAUUGAUCCAACAUAAAGGUAUUU